GUCUUAUUAUGCUCACUUUAUUUCUGUGAAUGAUAAUCAAAAGUCUUCUUCUAUAUUCACUAUAAAUAUUUUGAAACCCUUUUACUUAGAAUUAGACCUCAUAGCAAAUCAAGAAUAUUACCUCUAAUGGCUUCCCGCCCUUCAGUGAGACACCCGAGCCACAACCAUCCAUUACGCGGUCACAAAGCCCAAGUUGAAGAUGAGAUCAUCUGCUCUGGUUGCGACCUAGACCUACUCGGUGCAUAUUUCAAGUGCACAAAGUCAGAGUGUGAUUACUUCUUGCACAAGUCAUGUUUCGAUCUCCCACGUGAGAUCCGUCACAAGUCUCACCCUGAUCACCCUUUGAUCCUCCUCUAUUCCCCACAGAAUAAUAAUUCAACGUAUACUUGUGACGCAUGCGGUGAGUAUGGAUCGGGGUUCACUUACAAUUGUUCUAUCUGCCAGUACGAUGUUCAUGUUGGAUGUGUGUCUGUGCCUGAGACCAUGAAGCAUGAUGAGCACGUUCACCCGCUCGCUUUGAUCUACAAGGCUCCAUGCCCAAAGGAUCAUAUAUUUACCUGCGAUGUUUGCGAUGAAACUAUGCCGCAUAAUCUGUGGUUGUACUACUGCCAGAAAUGUGACUACGGUGCUCAUUUACAUUCAUGCGUUGCUGAAGAAGAGGAAAAGUCAAAGAAAGGAGGAAGAGGAAGAGGAGGAGAAGGAGGAAGUGGUGGAAAUGGAGUGAACAGAGGAAGGAGCUCCGCGAAUUCAGAGCUAGCUGCAAUGUUAAAGGCACAAAGAGAGAUGGAGCAGAUGCAAAUUGCUCUUCACUUGGAGAUGCAAAGAGCUAAGAUUGAUAAGAAAUCAAGAAAGCAUAUGCUUAAAAUGAUCUAAGAUAUUAACUCUCGGAAUCUUGAAACUUAUAAAACUCUUUCACUUUUUGUUUGUUUUUAUUUCUUAUCUUUAACCUUUUAUUAUUGUUCUCUUUUGUUUUGUUGGGCCUUUUUUCGUUGAAUUGUUGCAAGCUUUUAUGUAAUUUUUAUCUAUGAAGAAUCUUUUAAUAUGAAUCUGAGUUUACUC